CGUGGCCCAGCCCUGGCCUCGCUUCGUCCCGGCCCGGCUGCGAGCGUUACUUCCUACUCCGGAAGAACCGUGUAACCACGCCCCCUCAACGCCGGGAUGACCCCCAGCCUCCGCGUCUCCAUGGAAACGGGACCCGCUAACGCGGAGCUGGAAGCGCGAUGGCAGCCGGGGAGCCGGGAGAUUUGGGCGGCUACUACUUCAGAUUCCUGCCUCAGAAAACUUUCCAGUGUUUGAGCACCCAGGAGACCACCAGCCGGCUCCGCCAGUGGUCCAUGCUGGGCCGAGUCGCGGCGCAGGCCUUCGGCUUCGACCAGACGUUCCAGGCCUAUCGCAAGGACGACUUCGUCAUGGCUUUUUUCAAAGACCCCAAUGUUAUUCCCAAUUUGAAGUUACUUUCAGAUUCUUCUGGACAAUGGAUUACAUUAGGAACUGAAGUGAAAAAAAUUGAAGCUACAAAUGUUCCUUGUACACAGCUUUCAAUGUCAUUUUUUCAUCGCUUAUAUGAUGAAGAUAUUGUACGUGACGAUGGACAUAUUGUUAAGUGUUUAGAUUCUUUUUGUGAUUCCUUUCCUGUUUCUGAUGAAUUACGAAAAGUUUUGCUAGUGGAAGACUCAGAAAAAUAUGAAAUAUUUAGCCAAGCUGAUAGAGAAGAGUUCCUGUUUUGUCUUUUCAAACAUCUUUGCCUUGGUGGAGCCCUUUGUCAGUAUGAAGAUGUGCUUAAUCCGUAUCUGGAAACAACAAAGCUUAUCUAUAAAGAUCUAGUGAGUGUUCGAAAGAAUCCUCAAACCAAGAAAAUACAAAUUACCUCUUCCAUCUUUAAAGUAACGGCAUAUGAUUCUGUUGGUAUGUGCUACCCUUCAACAAAGACUCAUGAACAGACAUUUUCUUACUUUAUUGUGGAUCCGAUCAGGCGUCAUGUUCAUGUUUUGUACCACUCUUACGGUGUGGGGGAAAUGUCCUAAUAGUGUUCUUUCAGAUUAUUGAUUUUACUAUUUUUACCAAUUUUUUAUUUUGAUGCCAACUUAUAGGUAAACAUUGCCUUUGCUAGUUAAUUUAAGUAAAAUGUAGGGAAGCUGCCUAGAACAGAGAAGGACCCAAGUACAAAAUGUCUGUCUUUAAAUUUCCCUCAAGUGUUAGCAUAGGUACCAAAUCCCAUCCCUACGGCUGUCCACACCACUGUGGUCAUGGACAGUUUACAGAAAGUUACAGGGAACUAAAAAUCCACUUCAUAUUUAUUGCAUUAACAUUCAAGUAAGUCCUCGAUUUUCCAUGUAUUUUAUUUUAGAAGUUAAUUAAUUCUAGCUUGAAAUUGUAGCAGAAAACUGAACAUAUCUCUACUGAUCAUUAUUACAAACUGUUAGCUUUUUAAAUAUGAGUUUCAUUUAAUCGCAUUUCUUCAUUGCGUAAGAUUUACAUCUCCAGGGGUGUAAAAUGCGUAACAAUUCCUUUGCUUCCUUUGCCCAACUUCAAACCUUCAAUAAAAAAGUCAUGUUCUGAAAAUAA